AUGCCGGAAUACCACGGUACUUGUCUUUGCAAAGCAGUUCAAGUUUCUGUACAGGUAGAGAAGCCUGAACUUGGCAUCUGCCACUGCGACACUUGCAGGAAAUGGUGUUCAGCACCUUUUAUGGCUUUUGCAGCACAAGAUAUUAAUUUAGAACCCAAGGACAAGGUAUCCCAGUAUGCAUCGUCCAACAUAGCCAAACGAUCAUUUUGCAAGAUUUGUGGUACUACUUUAUCCUUUUUUUACGACGACAUGAAACAGAAAUUUGUAAACCCUUGGAUUCUUAAGGACGUUCAGAACAUAACUACUGGUGUUGAAGUAUGCUACGACAAUAAGCCUAGUUGUUACUCCUUUGACAGCAAAGCCCAGAAGUAUACAGAAGCAGAAACGAUGGCGUUCGUGAAUCUAUCCUAA